UUCUGUCGAUGAAAGAUUUAUUCUGACCAAAUAUGUUAUUUACAGAACACAUUUACAAACUAAGGUACCAAAUCUCUCAAACUCAAAUCUCAAACCUAAUUAACAAAUGGAGGAGCCGCUGCUUCACACAGCUGCUGCCGGCGCCGAUGAGUUGAGCAAUAGACCUCCUCUUUAUGAAGGCGGGAACGAAGACUACGCACCGGUGAGGAGCUUUGAUGCGUUCCAGCGUAUGUUUUGGAUAGAGACGGUAAAGCUGUGGCAAAUAGGCGUUUCGUCAGUGAUCACUAUCAUCUGUAUGUAUGGGACUAACGCAGUCAUCCUGCUCUUUGCCGGUCAUCUCGGAACUAUCCAGCUCUCCGCCAUCUCGAUUUCUCUGGCUGUCAUUUCCACAUUCACUGAUGGAUUGAUGCUUGGGAUGGGGAGUGCCCUGGAGACAUUGUGUGGACAGGCGUUUGGCGCUGGACAGGUUCAUAUGCUUGGGAUCUACCUGCAACGAUCAUGGAUAAUUCUAUUUGUAACCACCCUCUUCCUUUUGCCGGUUUACAUCUUCGCCGUGCCGAUUUUAAAGUGGCUAGGCCAAGAAGAUGACAUAGCGAACCUAGCCGGAAAAUUCACACUCCAAAUAAUCCCUCAAAUAUUCUCACUUGCCAUAUAUUUCCCAGCUCAGAAGUUCCUCCAAGCUCAGAGAAAAGUAAAGGUGCUGGCAUGGAUUGCAUUUUUAGGUCUGGUUAUACACAUUGGAAUGCUAGGGCUUUUCAUGUAUGAGUUUGAUUGGGGCACAUUGGGCGCAGCUGUGUCAUUUAACAUUACAAGAUGGGGGAUGGCAAUUGCUCAAGUUGUGUAUAUUAUGGGUUGGUGCAAAGAGGGUUGGACUGGAUUUUCAUGGCUCGCUUUCAAGGACAUUUGGGAAUUUGUAAGACUUUCUCUUGCCUCCGCAGUCAUGCUCUGCCUUGAGAUUUGGUACAUGAUGAGUAUACUAAUUCUCACCGGCAGUCUUUCUAAUGCAGUUAUAGCCAUUGGUUCUCUUUCUAUUUGCAUGAACAUCAAUGGGUGGGAAGCAAUGUUGUUCGUUGGAAUAAAUAUUUCAAUAAGUGUUCGUGUCUCUAAUGAACUUGGGUCAGGACGUCCCAGAGCAACAAAAUACUCUAUCUAUGUGACAGUAUUUCAAUCACUAUUGAUCGGAAUUCUUUUCAUGAUUAUUGUCUUAAUGACUAGAGAUGAUUUCGCUAUGCUUUUCACAAGUGACCAGGAGUUGCAACAAGCGGUUGCUAAGUUGGCAUACCUUCUCGGUAUAACUAUGGUGCUCAACAGUGUCCAACUAGUAAUAUCAGGUGUUGCAAUUGGAGGUGGAUGGCAGACAAUGGUUGCCUAUCUAAACUUGGGUUGUUACUACAUUUUUGGAAUUCCUCUUGGAUACCUUCUUUGCCAUGUUGCAAAAUGGGGAGUCAUGGGACUAUGGGGAGGCAUGAUAUGUGGAACUGCUCUCCAAACCAUACUUCUGCUAAUUAUAUUUUACAAAACUAAUUGGAACAAAGAGGUGGAGCAAGCAAAAAAUCGCGUCCAUAAGUGGGGUGGGCAAGACAUCAAAACCGAGAGUGGAGCUAAACGUAUAUGAUCUUCAUUACAAAGACAAAU